CAGUCUGUCACACUGCACACUGAUCUUGGGGACCUCAAGAUAGAAGUUUUUUGCGAAGCUACACCCAAGGCUGCCGAAAAUUUUCUGGCCUUGUGUGCAAGUGGAUACUAUAAUGGAUGUGUUUUUCAUCGUAACAUUAAAGGAUUCAUGGUUCAGACUGGUGAUCCCACAAAUACUGGAAAAGGAGGUACUUCAAUUUGGGGCGGAAAGUUUGCAGAUGAAAUAAAAUCAACUCUUCGACACAACACUCGCGGUAUCGUGUCCAUGGCGAGCAAAGGAGCAGAUGCAAAUGGAUCUCAGUUUUUCAUCACAUACUCAAAACAGUCACACUUGGAUUCAAAAUACACUGUGUUUGGAAAAAUCAUUGAUGGAUUGGAUACAUUGGACUCUCUGGAAUCUGUUCCUGUUGAUGGAAAUCACCGACCAAAUCAGGAUAUAAAGAUUAACUCGGUCACAAUCCAUGCCAAUCCAAUCGCUGAGCACUGA